CAGAGCAAACCCGACCUGAAUACGUCCCUCCCAGUACGACAGACGGCCUCCAUCUUCAAACAGCCUGUCACAAAAGUCACCAACCACCCCAGCAAUAAGGUUAAAACAGACCCACAGAAGGCCAUUGACCAGCCCAGACAGCUUUUUUGGGAGAAGAAGUUGAGUGGCCUCAAUGCCUUUGACAUAGCAGAGGAGUUGGUGAAAACAAUGGAGCUCCCCAAAGGCUUACAAGGAGUGGGCCCUGGCUGCACAGAUAAGACCCUGUUGUCAGCUAUUGCCAGUGCUCUUCACACCAGUGCGGCUCCCAUCACGGGCCAGCUAUCCGCCGCUGUGGAGAAGAACCCCGGCGUGUGGCUCAACACGACUCAGCCUCUCUGCAAGGCCUUCAUCGUCACAGACGAGGAUAUCAGAAAGCAAGAGGAGCUGGUGUACAGCGUGCGAAAGCGACUGGAGGAGGCUUUGAUGGCCGACAUGUUGGCUCACGUGGACGAAACGACUAGUGAGGGAGAUGCACUCAAACAGGAGGGGAAUUGCAAUGAUGAUAAACAGGAAGUAUAGCAAAGGUCAUUCAAAUGUGUCUGAAUUACCUGCACAUGAGUUUCCCAACACAACCAGACACACCACGAUGAUCUCCCAGCUUCGCUGAAUAUCCAUGUACACCCCUCAGUUGGGAUCUCUCUGAGACUGUUGGCUUGAUUUUCAGGCAUUUUUCCAUUUUAUUGUCAUUAUUUUUUAAUUUUUCAAACAUUUUUCUAAAAGAACAAAAUGUUAGAAAAGUUCAGCAGUUGAACUGCCUUCUGCAUUAAAUGAUUUUUGAGAGGAGGUAUUUGGAUUUGAUAUGAUGACAAUCAAGUCAAUAACACAGUCCUCUAGUUCUGGUGAGUGCUAUACUUUGUCACAGCUGACCUAAACUGAUAAGUUGAUUAUUCUCUGUGACUAAAAAUGUUUAAAGCUCUCUCAAAAAGAGAAAGGUACAUGUUUGUGCAAAAAUAUUGACCUUCUCUCUUAUUUUCACAAUAUUUUACCCUCUUUCUUAAUCAAACUAAGGUGCAAAUCAGUAUUAUGCUGUUUAAAUUCAGUUUCAAUGUGUUAUUCUCAAUGCCAAAUGUUUUACUGGAGAGGCAUUGAUAAACAUAUAAACAGGUAUGGCUUUGUUUGACUUCAAAUGUUAUGUUUUCAACUCAUCUGGUGCUCGUUUUUUCUUUAUAAGCUAUUCAUACUUGACACUGAAUAACAUUUCCACAGUCUGAACCUGAAAUUCAAAUGUGAAUGGGGAUUCAUAAAAUGUGACGCGCGAUUCAUAUAAAGUGAUGUGUAAACAUCAUCCUGUGAUAAGCAACUUAAUUAAACGUGUUAAAAAAAAUGUUUUUUUAAAAAAUGUUUUGUUCAUAGCCCACAGCAG